AGCGGAUUCUCCUUCUUCCCCUUCAGAGAGUUGGUUGUCUGCCCGAGUCCCGUAUGAGCCGAAGCAACAAACACCAACAGCCACCCUUUGAAUCUUUUGCCAUAAUAGAGGAAUAGAGCCAUUAAGUUGAGCGGUUGCACUGGUCCUGGUGCGACAACGUGAAAAAAUCAUGAUGCCAAAUUCAGGAUCAAAGAAGAAAGACAAUCUGUCCAGAAUGGAUAGACACAAGGAGGACCUGCCAAAGCUGAGCAACGAGAUGCAGCUGAGCAUCAUGAACAAGGUGAAGAACGGAGAGUUGUCCAUCGAAGACGCUCUGGACCAGGCCCGGAGGCAGCUGCUCAACCAGCGGAGUCUGGGCCAAGAGGAACAGAAGCCCUCCCAGUGCAACUUCAGUGUUCACAAGCACGGACGUUACAGGUGGCAGAAGCGUGUUCUUCAGAUUGAUUUCAAGACCAAAACGCUGUGCAGCAUCGAGAAAGGCAUCAUCAAGCGGCGACUCCCCUUCUCCAUCGUCAAGAGCUGUGACGACGGCGUGGGCUCCAGGUUCUCCAUCUCCUUCAAAGAACACCACGAUUACGAAUUGGAGGCCACGUCGGUGGAGGACAAACACAAGAUGAUGCAGCUUGUGAAUCAGAUCAUCUAUGGGAACAUAUACAGUGACAGUGAAGAGGGAAGCGCAGACGCUCAUCAGCAGCCCCGGGCAUCGCAGAGCCUGCGGGAAGGCGUCCUGCUUCUCCACAGAGGAGGCCUGGCGUCAUUCAGAUGGGUGAAAUACGAGGUGCAGCUUCACCCGGGCCAGCUGACACUGGUCCCCUUCAGGUGUCGAGACCCCGCUGACGGCGAGGCGACAUCCGCGGUGCCCGUGUCCAUCGUGAUUCACCUGUCAGACGGCGACACCCGCGUGGAGAAACCUCAAUGCCCGGACGCCUUCACCCUGGUCACCCACAAAAAUGAGUACCAAUUCAAAGUGCCUGUGGCGGAUCAAACCAGCGCCCGAGGGGCUGCCCAGAGGGAGCGAGACGCUUGGGUCAACGCCAUCGACAGACUGUGUUCGGACUGGAAGAGGAGGUCCAGGGGCGACCACGCGUUCCAGGAGUCAGCGAUUCCGCGAAAUGCCAGCAUCGCCGAGGACGCCGAGGUCACCAACACGGACCUCGAGUCAGGUGGCGGAUUUAGCGGUGGGAAUACUCGUCCUCCAGUUGCCGAUGCGAAUGCGGAUCCCGCGUCCACCGCUGGAGACGGUUUAGCAGCUGGCUGCUCAAAGCCCGUUCCUGUACCUCGCAGUGGGAAGGCCGGUGCUGCUGCUGCUCAAGCCGCUGGACCAACCUCACCCAGUGUCGUUCCCCGAACACCACCUCUGCCCCAACCCUCCCAUAUCCCCCUCACGUCCUCCUCCACGGUCCCAGAGUCUGUUACUAAUGAAUCCGGCACGUCGGCUGUGAAGGGGCCUUCCCCUCCGAGCAUCCCGUCUCCCCCACCUUUACCCUUCAAACUGAAGACCAGUUCGAAAGAGGCACGCACCAAGGCUUUCCACUGGGACCUAGUUGGCCCCGAGAAGAUCGGUAAAUCAUUUUGGACACAAGGAAGCGCCGGGAGGAUCGAGAUCGACACGUCACGCCUGUACGAGCAAUUUGCCGUCAAAGACCUGGGGAGGUUUGAUGCGGCUGAGCACAGUAACACCCAGCACAUCAUGCUCAACCAGAAGAUUGCGCAGAACUUCAACAUUUUCCUCAAAAGUUUCCCAGUGCAGCCGGGAGAGCUGAAGGACAAACUGUUCAUUGUGAGCGAGGAAGACGGAGGCCUGUCUGAUGAGCACAUCACCUCUCUGAGGAGGUACAUCCCCACCGCGGACGACGUGGAAAUGUACAAAUCCCACAAGGGGCCCGCGGCCGAGCUGCACAUCGUGGACCAGUACAUGAUGGAGAUGUGCAACAUCCCCCACCUGAGCGCCCAACUGGACCUGCUGCUGAUCCUGAGGGAGCUGCCGAUCAGCAUGAGCGACCUGCAGCCCCUGAUCGACCAGAAGAUCCGGAUGUGCAUGCAGCUGUGCAACUGCAGGUCGUUUGCGUCCGUGCUGGAGUACCUCCUCGCCAUCGGCAAUUACCUCAACGAGAACGCCGGCAAGGGAAAGGCCAAGGGAUUCCGCCUCUCCUCCUUGACCAAACUUUCCCAGCUGCGCGGGAGAGACAGGAAGCUCACCUUGCUCCACGCCCUUGUGGAGCAGAUCGCGUUGCAGGAACCGCACUUGGCCACUUUCACCCAAGACCUGGCGGAAUUUGAAACGGUGCCCGGAGCUUCCAUCAAGGGCCUGACCGCAGAAGUGGAUGUCCUGAAGAACGAACUGCAGAAAGUCAUUCAGUUCAGAAAAACCCCCAAGAAGAGGAAUGCUGGAGCUCAUCACCCAAACUUCUCCAAAGACCUGAAGACAGCCAUUGACAAGUACAAGACGGAUCUCGCUGCGCUGACCAAGACGUGUGAGGAGAUGAAGAAACUCUACUCUGUCAUACUGGUUAAAUUUGGAGAGCCGGCGGAUCAGGACUCUCAGGAGCUGCUCGGGUUGAUCUGUCAAUUCGUGCACGACUUCAAGAGGGCACAUGCUGAAAUGAUAUGAGCUAUGCUGUAUGUAAGUGCUCACGAGUGACCACUGAGGCUGCAGUCAUUUAUUAAACAGACCCAAAGUUCAAAAAGAACAAGAACACUAUCUGAUAUCAAAAAUGAUAAUGGAGUAAAAAAAAAUGGUUUUUUGGAUGUAUAUAUUUUGGGGCUUUCUGUAUUGAAGAAGUCUUCUGUGACGCUCAUGGAUCUGGAUUAUAUUACAUAUAUGCAUUAAUUUAGCCGAAGCUUUUGUCCAAAAGCGACUCGCAAUAAAGUUCAUUCCACCAUGAAGAUAUUACAGGAAAACGAGCAGGAAUCAAAUGCUGUGAUUAUGAAACUGCUCAGUGUCGUGUUCCACCACGUCAGAGGUUCGUUUGGUUCGGGUUGACUUCCCUUUCGCCGCGAGACCAAUCAGCGAUGCCGGUUCCGGUUUGUUCGAGGCACACGGCUGCUCUGCUGGCAGAGGAACAAGGCGCAUAACAACGUUGGAGGCCAAAUGAGGCUGGUGCACAUUGGGCGUGGGAUUAUUCUGAAUACGUAAUCGGGCUUCGGUCAGGGACGUUUUGCUCGCCCAGCGCGGCGGGAGGAGCUCCGAGGCCGCGGAUUUCAGCGCUGGUUGGAACCGACUGAUGUCGGUUCACUGUUGACUCCGUGCGUCUCCGUCUGACAUUUUCGCCGUCUCGACGGCAAGACCACCAUUCGUCGUCGUAAUCGCGGAGCAUGGUGUUGUGAUGAAGCAGAGGCCUCGCUGAGCAGGAGAAGCUGCACAUGUUCACGUUAAGAAAGAAAAAGACAAAAAAAACCUCUAAUUUUAAAUAAAACUUUGCAUUUGCAGAAACUGA